AUGAAAUUUCUUGGAGAAAAGUGUGUUCAUUUUAAGUGCAAAUUUUUCAAAACAUAUAUUCAUGGACCUCAAAGGCAUUCUAAGACAAUUGGUCGUCAUAAAUUAUCUCAAGACUAUCAACGUCUGAUAUCAGAAGUAAUAUUAAGAGUCAUUCUUCAUGUAGCAUUCCUAGUCACAGAUGAAUUAGAACCAUUCCAUAGAGCAAUUCAACCAGAAGAGUUAUGGCUGUACAGAUUUCCUAAAACGCCAAGUUAUUACACAGUUGAAACUUUAUAUGUAACUGUAAUAUUGGUGCCUGUGAUAGUUUUUGGUCUAUUUUAUCUGAUUACAAAUGAUUUUGAGGAUUUAGUACAGUCUGUGUUAGGAAUGUAUUUAGUAUUUGGUUUGUGUGGCUUGAUAACAAACAUUAUAAAACUUGCUGUUGGAAGACCUCGUCCAGAUUUUCUACAAAGAUGUUUUCCAAAUGAAGAUAUGUUAAAUUUUAAUAAUGUGUUGAACACAAAAACUGAUUGUAAAGGGACUGAUAAAGAUGUUUUUGAAGGAUUAAAAAGUUUUCCAAGUGGACAUUCUUCACAUGCAAUGGUUUGUUUAGGCUAUAUUGGUUUUUAUGUGGCUGGCAAAUUUAGAGUGUUCAGUUCAAAAGGUCAGACAUCAUCAUGGCAUUUACUGACUGUGGUGGCAUUUUUUCUGUGGGCAAUAUUAAUAGCAAUAUCUAGAACAGCAGACUAUCAUCACCAUUGGCAGGAUGUAUCUGUUGGACUUAUAUUAGGAUUGGUAGUGUCAAGCUGUGUGUAUUUUCAUGCUUUUCCUCCAUUACACCAUAUAUAUUCACAUCUACCGUACUCAGUACAUGGACAUCAUGAUAGAAUUAUUGAUGUGGAAACUGCAAUGAACUCUAAAAGUACCUCUCUUAAACUUGUUUGAUAAUUAUAAUGAUGGUACAGCAAGAUUUGCCAAAAUAUUUUGAUUUUAUUAUUUAUUUCAUCUAUAAUGGGAUUAUUCUGGUGCAAUUUAAAAAUAGAGUACAAGUGAUAUAUUAUUAUAAAUAAACCAAGUACUAACGGUCAGAAGCGCAAAACAAAACCGGUAAUCCAAUACAUCAUUUUGACGAAACAUUGGUAGCAGCUAAUGAACUUUUCACAUAAGGAAGUAUAUAUCAAUCAUUAGUAGUAUCAGGUUAUAUUAUGUCGUAU